AUGUCUGAUGUUCAAGAAGCCAGUAACCAGCUCCUGGAUGUGAAUCUUUGUGAGAACCAGAUGUCUAUACAAGUGACUGAAAGUGACCCCAGAAGUGAGUCUGAGCAUCUCCAAGUCACUAUUGGUGCCACUGUGCCUACUGGUUUUGAGCAAACAGCUGCAGAUGAAGUGAGAGAGAAAUUGGGGUCAUCAUGCAAAAUCAGCAAAGACCGGGGCAAGAUAUAUUUUGACAUUUCAGUGGACAGUCUGGCUCAGGUUCAUUGUCUGAGAUCAGUUGAUAAUUUAUUUGUGGUUGUUCAGGAGUUUAAGGAUUACCAGUUCAAAGAAACAAAGGAAGAAGUUCUAAAGGAUUUUGAGGACCUGGCUGGGAAGCUUCCAUGGUCAGACCCCUUAAAAAUAUGGAAAAUUAACACAAGUUUCAAGAAAAAAAAAACAAAGCGCAGAAAGAUAAAUCCGAAUUUAAGUAAACAGAAGAUUGAUAAUGGACGAGGAGACACAACAGUUGAGAAGGAUGUUAAAGAAUUCACUAACAGUGUCUCAGAUUCACAGACCUUAGACUAUUAUGAAAAUCCAGCCGUCAAAGAAGAGGUAUCAACAUUAAUAGGUGAUGAUUUGACAUCUUGCAAAGAUGAGACUGAGGAAAACUCAAAAGAAGAAGCUGAUCCUGAAGUGCUGAAGUUUAGAGUCACAUGCAACAGGGCAGGAGAGAAACACUGCUUUUCCUCAAAUGAGGCAGCAAGAGAUUUUGGGGGUGCUGUUCAAGAUUAUUUUAAGUGGAAGGCUGAUAUGACCAACUUUGAUGUGGAGGUUCUUUUGAAUAUCCAUGAUAAUGAAAUUGUUGUGGGCAUUGCAUUGACAGAAGAGAGUCUCCACCGAAGAAAUAUCACACAUUUUGGACCCACAACUCUUAGAUCUACUCUUGCCUAUGGGAUGCUCAGGCUCUGUGCACCUCAGCCCACUGAUAUAAUAGUUGAUCCGAUGUGUGGAACAGGGGCAAUACCAAUUGAGGGGGCUACAGAAUGGUCUAACUGUUAUCAUAUUGCUGGUGAUAAUAAUCCAUUGGCUGUGAAUAGAGCUGCAAAUAACAUCUCAUCUUUAUUGACCAAGAUCCAAGUUAAAGAAGGCAAACUGUCCUUGGGCUUGCCCAUAGAUACUAUUCAGUGGGAUAUCUGCAACCUGCCACUAAGAACUGGCUCUGUAGACAUUAUUGUAACAGACAUGCCAUUUGGAAAAAGGAUGGGCUCCAAGAAGAGAAACUGGAACCUUUAUCCAGCUUGCCUGCGGGAGAUGAGCCGUGUCUGUAGGCCAGGGACAGGCCGAGCUAUACUCCUGACUCAGGACAAGAAAUGCUUUGCCAAGGCAUUAUCUGGAAUGGGACACCUAUGGCGGAAGGUGCAUACCGUUUGGGUCAACAUAGGGGGUCUUCAUGCUGCAGUUUAUCUCCUGAAACGUACAUCUCAAAGUUUUGUUCAUCCUUCAGAACAAGAUGGAGGAAGAUGUCCUUGGUAA